AUGAUGGCAAAUGAAACAAAUACGGAGACAGAUCCGACAGAUGCCGAUAUCUGUCGGGUUUGUCGGUGUGAAGGAACAACCGAUCGGCCGCUUUUCUAUCCAUGCCUAUGCCAUGGAAGUAUCCGAUACGUUCACGAUGAUUGUUUGAUUCAAUGGUUGAAAGUCUCUCGUAAAGACGAAUGUGAACUAUGCGGAACGAAAUUUCGUUUUACACCAAUUUAUCAUCCGUCGAUGCCACCGGGACGUUUACCUCUGAAAGAUUUAGUUAAUGGUUUACUACGCACCUUUCUCAAAGCUUUAAGAUAUUGGCUUCAUUACUUAAUUGUUGCUUUCUGUUGGCUUGGUGUUGUACCAAUAACAGCAAGUCGUAUCUAUCGAUGUCUUUUCGCUGGAUCAGUGUCAUCAAUUCUUACGUUACCAUAUGACAUCGUGUCGACAGACCACAUAUUAACCGAUGUACUUCAAGGUGGUUUAGUUGUUUUUUGUUCUCUUGGUGCAUUCAUUUGUUUACUUUGGUUGAGAGAACAGAUUCUCACAGGCGGUGGACCAGUAUGGCUGCAGCCAGCUGAAGCUGAACCUGCUGCACCAGUAGCGGUCGUUCCACCAGUUAAUAUUAUUGCGCCAAUAGUACCAGCUGAUGCAGUACCUGUACCACAUCCUGAAAAUCUUCCUCACGUCCCUCUUCCGCCUCAAGUUCCACCUGUGCUCGAAGAAACCGAACAGACAUUACCGCAAAACGAACAUGAACAUGAAGAUGCGACAUUUGUCGAUGCUGUUAAUGAUGAAGAUGACGAUGAUGAUGAUGACGAAGACGGCGAAGAUGAACCAAACAAUCCCAUUGCUCAGCCAGCUGUCGCUGCUGGUCAUGCAGCAAAUCUUGAACACAAUCACAAUUGGAUCGAUUGGGAUCGAGCUGCCGAUGAUCUAACAUGGGAACGACUACUUGGUCUCGACGGUUCAUUACAAUUUCUUGAGCAUGUUUUUUGGGUUGUUACACUUAACACAUUGUUCAUUCUCAUAUUCGCUUACGCACCAUACCAUCUUGGCAAAGUGAUCAUAUCUAGUAAAACUUUUCGACGCACUGUUGCUAACACACGAUUCACCACUCCGAUUAAUACUCUAACCACUUAUGGUUGUGUGACUGCAUUUAUUGGUUAUCUUUUCAUAUCUUUUGUUCUUUUAAUUACAUUUACCAUUCUCAGUUUUGUCAAUUACUUAACGCGUCUACGUCGUCUUGUUGGUCUCGCUUACAUUGUCUUAAAAGUGGCAUUACUCGUCAUAUUAGAAAUUCUGCUCUUUCCAUUUAUAUGUGGAAUAUGGCUCGAUAUAUGUUCAUUGAGAAUAUUAAAUGAACGGACAGUAACGUUGAAUGAUCGGUUAAUCCAAUUUCAAAUGAGUCCCGGAACAAGUACAUUUCUCCAUUGGUUAUGCGGAAUGGUUUUUGUUUUUUAUUUUGCAACAUUUAUCUUUCUCCUACGUGAAGUCCUUCGUCCAGGUGCAUUAUGGUUUUUGAAAUCCAUCAACGACAUGGACUUUAAUCCAAUUCAAGAAAUGAUCCAAUUACCACUUGCUUUACAUUUAAGACGUUUUGCCACAUCGAUUAUUGUCUUCGGUUGUGUAAUUAUUUUAAUGUUCUAUGUGCCAAGUGAACUGCUUAUACGUUGCAUACCGAAAUUUCUUCCAUUCAAUGUCAAAGGAAGUCUAGAAACAGUCGUUAGUGAAUUAAUGAUUGAAUUCAUCUUACUCCAAGGAAUUCUACCAACAUUGCUUGAACAAGGACAUACACGAACCAUGCUCAAAUACAUGCUUCAAUUAUGGGUCGAACUAGCAUCAUGGUUAUUAGGUUUACGGUCUUUUCUUCUUGGAGACGCACCACCACCAAUUAUUCCCAAUACACCACCAGUUGAUCAGAAUGACAAUGUAUUACCUGUACCAGUGGUUCUUGCACCAGCUGAUCAAGCUGAACAUAAUCAAGCUGAACAAGCACCAGUUGCUCAACCAAUUCCGUCAUCUCAAACAUUUAUUGAACCUCCGUUGUUUCGUCUUCGUUUAGCUGGUCUUUGUUUAUUUACUUGCGUAUCGUUAACCUUUCUUUCAAUACUUGGUUUAACCAUUCCAGCAACCAUUGGCCGUUUCCUCCUUGGCCUUCUCACCGGUUCAGCACGUCUACACGAAUUAUAUACAAUUUUGACCGGUCUUUACAUUCUUUGGCUGAUUUCUCGUAUCAUCUUCUUCAUUCGAUCAUUAUUACCGUUCGAUAUAGAUAAUAUCAUUGCACGAUUGAAAUCGUAUAGUAUUCUAUGUUUACGUGUGAUAUUAUGCACAUUUUGUGUGAUUGGUUAUGUACCAUUUAUGAUUGGGCUCGCUAGUGAAUUAAUCUUAAUCAUACCUCUAAGUACAUCGAUUGAACAGACUGCUGUACUUACACCACUACGUGUUUGGAUCAUUGGUUUAUUGAAUACAAAGAUUGCCAUAGCAUUGAUUAUGAGUGGCCCGCAAUGGCGUUUGAAAACUGUCCUUGAACGUCUCUAUCAAGAUGGUCUCCGCCGCAUUGAUUUCACAUUUUUAAUCAAUGAAUUUCUUUUCCCAUUCACAAUCAACAUUGGAAUGUUCAUGGCAUUUCCGUACUUAGCUAUAUCAUAUCUAGCACCACGACUAUUUCAAGCAUCGACUGUUCAUCAUAUCGAACGUUAUAUUUAUUCAGCCAUCAUUUCGUUCAUGCUCCUUUUGACAUUUGUUAUCUUUCAAAUCAAACAACUUCGUCUGCUCUUCGAGCAUGUACGUGAUGAAAAAUAUCUCGUCGGUCGUCGUUUAAUUAACUUUGAAAGAUGA